CACUAACAACUUCUUAUAAAUAUGGCGUGUGCCAUCCACAUUCCCCCAUAUCUAUCUUCCAACAAACUCAAGCACACUGUUGGUUCUGUCUCUAGCUAUAUUUCUCUCAAUAAUUUCCUUAAUUUUCUCUGAAACUUUGUUAUCAUCAUGGCAGUUGCCAUCAAAGUUCAUGAUCAUCCCAACAAACAAUUUGAACAACAAUCCGCGCAAGCAUUUGAAACUGAGGAGGCUUUUGAUUACUCACAGAGAUCACAGUGGCUCAGAGCUGGUGUGCUGGGAGCAAACGACGGCUUGCUCUCUACUGCAUCCCUCAUUAUGGGCGUUGGAGCUGUCAGAACUGACCAAAAGACCAUGAUCCUUAGCGGAAUUGCAGGACUGGUUGCUGGAGCUUGUAGCAUGGCCAUCGGAGAAUUUGUGUCAGUGUAUUCUCAAUAUGACACGGAAGUGGAACAAAUAAAGAGGGAAGCUGUGCAUGGAAAUAAAGCAAAGGCCGAGUUAGAGGCGAAGAAGAAGAAAUUGCCUAGCCCUGUGAAGGCCGCGCUAGUGUCAGCCUUCAUGUUUGCCAUAGGAGCCCUGGUGCCCCUACUGGCUGCAGCAUUUGUGAAGAAUUAUCAUGUGAGGUUAAUAGCUGUCACAGCUGCAGUAAGCUCUGCAUUGAUAGGGUUCGGAGGUCUGAGUGCGAUGCUGGGAAAAGCACCUGUCAUAAGGUCUAUAUCUCGGGUUUUAGCUGGAGGGUGGUUAGCCAUGGGGAUCACUUUCGGUUUAACCAAAUUAGCCGGCUCUGCUGUUUCAUUUUAGGCUUAUUAGAUCCGCAAAAUCUUCCCUUUCUGUUAAACACAAGUUUAUUCAGCUAUGAUCUAGCUUUCUUCCUAGAAUAAUAUCGUUUCAAGAUCAGUUCGAUCUCUCUUUUGUCUAGAGAGCAUGUGUUAUGUGUGUGUUUCUACGAGGGCAGCCAGACUGUAUGAGCGAAACUGUCAGCUAAUGAUAUGAGCGAAACUGUCAGCUAAUGGUAAUAGCAAUCCAAGUGUUCUGUAACGACGAUAAAGAAUAUCAUACCUUUUUAUGUGUUACUA